CUGGGUCCCAGCGCCGCUGUGGCUGCGGCUGCCUCUGCGAGGCUCCCGCCUCCCCACCCCCCUUCCCAGGGCUCCUUCCCGCCCGCCGCCGCCGAGACCCAGGCUGAAGCUGGGGAGGACGGUGGAGCCCGGCCCAGGCCGUUCUCCUGCCCCCGCGGCUGGAGCAUCGUCUGGGACGACUGGCUGAAGGCGAGCCCCGCAGCCCAAGCGCAGCGCACACGCGCGCCCCCGGCCACCGCCGUUCUCUCUUUCCUCCCCUCCUCUCCCCUCCCCUCUCCUCCGCCCCCGGCCUCGGCUGCGGCGGGAGGAAGAACGCUUUCCAACCAGCCAGGAGAGCCCAGAUCUAUUCCCAUUCGGGGAGAAAGAAGAGACCCCGCACUUGGAUCCGACCGACUUCUCGCCCCGGGGCCACGGAAGUGGCUCGCAGUCCACGGGAGAGUCCCCGCCGAGCGUAGCCCUCCAACCCUCGCGCAACCGCAGCCGCAUAGACAGCGCUCCCCAGCGGGCCCCCGGCCCCGCCGAGCCCACUCCCCGCGCGGGGCCGGGGCCGGGGCCGGCGAUGCCUGGCACGGCAGCGGCGGUGGCCGCGGCUGCUGCUGCUACUGCCACCGCUGCCACGGCUGCUGGCCCGGGCCCGGGCUGGGGGCUUGAGUCUCCGCAGUGGGGCUGAGCCCGCAGCCCCGCCCCCCGAUCCUGAGGCCGCUGCUCCGCCGGGCGCCGGGCCUCCUCCGCCCGCGCCUCCGCCCCAGGAGCUGGAGCCAAGCGGGGAGCUCGGGCCCCGCGCCCAGGCCCGGACCAUGCAUGGCCACCGAGCCCCGGGGGGCGCCGGGCCUUCGGAGCCCGAACACCCGGCCGCGAACCCGCCGGGCGCCGCUCCGCCGGCCUGUGCCGACUCGGACCCUGGAGCCUCGGAACCCGGACUGCUGGCGCGCAGGGGCUCAGGUUCGGCUCUUGGCGGCCCACUGGAUCCCCAGUUUGUCGGACCCUCGGACACCAGCCUGGGCGCUGCUCCGGGCCACCGGGUCUUGCCCUGCGGUCCCAGUCCACAGCACCACCGGGCCCUGCGCUUCUCUUACCACCUGGAGGGCUCGCAGCCUCGGCCUGGGCUGCACCAGGGAAACCGGAUCCUGGUUAAAAGUUUGUCCCUUGACCCUGGCCAAAGCCUAGAGCCUCAUCCAGAAGGUCCCCAGCGGCUUCGCUCAGACCCAGGCCCCCCAACUGAAACCCCUAGCCAGCGUCCUUCACCACUGAAGCGGGCACCGGGCCCGAAGCCACAGGUGCCCCCAAAGCCCAGCUACCUGCAGAUGCCCCGGAUGCCCCCCCCACUGGAGCCCAUCCCCCCUCCACCAUCACGCCCACUGCCUGCCGACCCCCGAGUGGCCAAGGGCCUGGCCCCCAGGGCAGAGGCCAGCCCCAGUUCUGCAGCAGUAUCCUCGCUGAUUGAAAAGUUUGAAAGAGAGCCUGUGAUUGUCGCCUCGGAUAGGCCAGCCCCUGGCCCCAGCCCAGGUCCCCCAGAGCCAGCCAUGUUGCCACAGCCACCCUCACAGCCACCAGUGCCCCAGCUCCCCGAGGGCGAGGCCUCCCGCUGCCUGUUUCUGCUGGCUCCUGGGCCCCGGGACGGCGAGAAGGUGCCCAACCGGGACAGCGGCAUUGAUAGCAUCAGCUCGCCAUCCAACAGCGAGGAGACCUGCUUCGUCAGUGAUGAUGGGCCCCCCAGCCACAGCCUCUGCCCUGGGCCCCCUGCCCUGGCUAGUGUGCCUGUUGCCUUGGCCGACCCCCACCGGCCUGGCUCCCAAGAGGUUGACAGUGACCUGGAGGAGGAGGACGACGAGGAGGAGGAGGAGGAAGAGAAGGACAGAGAAAUCCCAGUGCCCCUGAUGGAGAGACAGGAGUCUGUGGAGUUGACUGUGCAGCAAAAGGUGUUUCACAUUGCCAAUGAGCUCCUGCAAACUGAGAAGGCCUACGUUUCCAGGCUCCAUCUCCUGGAUCAGGUGUUCUGUGCCCGGCUGCUGGAAGAAGCUCGGAACCGCAGUUCCUUCCCGGCCGACGUUGUCCACGGCAUCUUCUCUAACAUCUGCUCCAUCUAUUGCUUCCACCAGCAGUUCCUGCUGCCUGAGCUAGAGAAGCGCAUGGAGGAAUGGGACCGCUACCCACGCAUUGGAGACAUCCUGCAGAAACUGGCCCCCUUCCUCAAGAUGUAUGGUGAGUAUGUGAAGAACUUUGACCGGGCCGUGGAGCUGGUCAACACCUGGACAGAGCGCUCCACCCAGUUUAAAGUCAUCAUCCAUGAGGUGCAGAAGGAGGAAGCCUGUGGCAACCUGACAUUGCAGCACCACAUGCUGGAGCCUGUGCAGCGCAUCCCCCGCUAUGAGCUUCUUCUCAAGGACUAUCUGUUAAAGCUGCCCCAUGGCUCCCCGGACAGCAAGGAUGCCCAAAAGUCUCUGGAGCUGAUCGCUACAGCAGCAGAGCACUCGAAUGCUGCCAUCCGCAAAAUGGAGCGAAUGCAUAAGCUGCUGAAGGUAUAUGAGCUCUUAGGGGGCGAGGAGGACAUUGUCAGCCCCACCAAAGAGCUCAUAAAAGAAGGCCACAUCCUUAAGCUGUCAGCAAAGAAUGGGACCACUCAAGACCGAUACCUCAUACUAUUCAACGACCGCCUCCUUUACUGCGUGCCCAGGCUGCGGCUCCUUGGCCAGAAGUUUAGCGUGCGGGCACGCAUUGAUGUAGAUGGCAUGGAGCUAAAGGAGAGCUCCAACCUCAAUCUGCCUCGAACCUUCCUGGUGUCAGGAAAGCAGCGCUCCCUCGAGCUCCAGGCCAGGACUGAGGAGGAGAAGAAAGACUGGGUCCAGGCCAUCAACUCCACCCUCCUGAAGCAUGAACAGACGCUGGAGACCUUCAAACUGUUGAACUCAACAAACAGGGAAGAUGAAGACACCCCGCCCAACUCUCCAAACGUGGAUCUUGGGAAGCGGGCCCCUACGCCCAUCCGGGAAAAGGAAGUCACCAUGUGCAUGCGCUGCCAGGAGCCCUUCAAUUCUAUCACCAAACGCAGGCACCACUGCAAGGCCUGCGGGCAUGUGGUUUGUGGGAAGUGCUCUGAGUUCCGGGCCCGCCUCGUCUAUGACAACAACCGCUCCAACCGUGUGUGCACUGAUUGCUAUGUGGCCUUGCACGGGGUGCCUGGGAGCAGUCCAGCCUGCAGCCAGCAUACACCCCAGCGCCGGAGGUCCAUCCUGGAGAAACAGGCCUCGGUGGCUGCAGAGAACAGCGUCAUCUGCAGCUUCCUGCACUACAUGGAGAAGGGUGGCAAAGGAUGGCACAAGGCAUGGUUCGUGGUCCCUGAAAAUGAACCCUUGGUGCUGUAUAUCUACGGAGCCCCUCAGGAUGUGAAAGCCCAGCGCAGCCUGCCCCUCAUUGGCUUCGAGGUGGGACCGCCCGAGGCAGGGGAGCGGCCUGACAGAAGGCAUGUCUUCAAGAUCACCCAGAGCCACCUCAGCUGGUACUUCAGCCCUGAGACAGAGGAACUACAGCGACGCUGGAUGGCUGUGCUUGGCCGGGCGGGCCGAGGGGACACGUUCUGCCCGGGGCCCACACUGUCUGAGGACAGGGAGAUGGAGGAGGCACCGGUGGCUGCUUUAGGAGCCACUGCUGAACCCCCCGAAUCCCCCCAGACCCGAGACAAGACCUAGAGGGUUUGGGGCAAACUGGGAGCCCCCACCCCACACUCUAGCUGCCCAUGUCUGAUUGGGGGCUCUAGCCCCUUCCCUCCCAGCUCAGUCAAUACUUGAACUCCCAUCACGGGCACUUUCAAUCCCGAAUGCUGGGUCUUGGGUUUUUUAAUUCAUCUUUUCACAAAACGUGGGCUUUUAAAAAAUAUAUUCCUACAGUGAUGUCAAUUUUUAUUAAUCCCUGUCCCCAGGGAGGAUGGGAGCCGUUGCUAGUCCGGCCUGAAUUAGGUCGUUUUUCUCCCUUAUCCCUCAAUACCCUACCCACAGAUCCUGCCUCCACCCAGUUCCCCACAAAGCACCAGAGGUAGGAGACCUGGAUUCAAGUGCCAGCUCUGCCACUGACCCUGGGGCCCCGACCCACCCCUGCCUCCUCAGCCAGUGUCUUCACACGUACAACUCCACGUGGGGUGGCAACUAGACCUCUCCUGCCUCUCCCAUGGCUUACAGCUUCUACCCGGCCCCAAGGCUACCCAGUAUUUUAUCGUCCAGACCCAUGGCAGGGCCACCGGGCAGGACAGGGAAACAGGGGGAGGACAAUGGAUACUCAGUUUUUUGUGGUUUUUGUUUUUUGUUUUGUUUUGUUUUUUUAAGAAAAAUACAGUUUAUUUCAGGCUUACAGUAA